AUGUUUAUCAAUUAUAGAUUAUUAAAUUCAAGUAAAGGAACUGCAAAUGUUACGUAUCAGGACCUGAAUGAAUUUACGUUUGAAUACCCUUGCAAAUCAAAUAAUGAUUGCACACCAUAUGUAGCAGAAAUCCAAGCAGGCCGAUACAUCUUUGAAGUUUGGGGAGCACAAGGCGGCCAAAACGGCGGCCUUGGUGGCUAUGCAAAAGGCACAAUCUCAUUGAAAGCUACUACAACGGCAUAUAUCUACAUCGGAGGCCAAGGAAGUAGUAACCCUGGCAAUACUAAUUAUGGUGGCUACAAUGGUGGUGGCAAUGGCACUGGCAUUUUUAGAGACUGCACAAAAGAAUACGCCUACCUUCUGAGCAGUGGGGAGGGGCAACAGACAUUCGCCUUCGCCAAGAUUCUCUAA